ACGAUUGUUAAAUAAUUUGUAAAAGUAAGUUUAUAUUAACUAUAAAAGUACAAAAUGUCCCAAAAAUUAAAAAGGAAAGAUAUGCUAAAGUUGCUGCAAGCAGAAAAUGAGAAAAUUAUGGAUAUGUUGAUUACACAUAAUGUGCCUGACACUAUAGAAACUGAUUACGAGGAAUUUUUGCUAAAUAGUAAUAAAAAAGCAACUAUUAAAAACAAUACUGCAUCCGUUGAUGAAUUACAAGAUCGGCUCGAUAUGAUAAAGAAUAAACUAAAAACAAAAAAGCGGCCUAUUUCAGAACGCGCACAAAAGAAACGCGAGGCAAAAAAACUUAAAAAGAAUAAGGAGUUCAAAAAAGUUCUUGUUUCGGCCACUAAGUCUAUUAAAAAUGAAAACCAAAAACAAAUGAAUACAGAAGAAUCCGUUCCGUUUGAGGAUAAAAAACAUAUAUCAGCUAAGCCAGUAUUUAAUGAAGAAGGAAAAAUGGUGUUUUCUAAAUUUGAUUUUGCACCACAUCCUGGUGCUAAUGUUAAGAAAUCUCAUCAGAAUCCAAGAGAAAUUUUAAAAAAAAUUAAAGAAACUGGCAAAAAAAUUAAUGAACUUAAUGAAAAAGGGGAAGUGGAAAAAGCUGCUGAAAUGAGAAAUGAAAUAGCUUGGAAUAAAGCAUUUGAUAAAGUCGAAGGUAAAAAAGUCAAAGACGAUCCAAAAUUAUUAUACAAAGCCAUCAAAAAGCGAAAAGUUGAAAAAAAGAAGUCCAAGAAGGAGUGGGUGGAUCGAAAACAAAAAAUGGAGUCUGGUAUUGAACAUAGGCAGAAGAAACGACAAGAAAACAUUGACAAACGCAUUAAAAAUAAAAAGAAUAAAAAACUUAAAAAUUUAUCAAAGAAAGGUAGAAUUAUACCAGGAUUUUAAAAAAA